GCUGGUUCUUGAACUCAGUGCCUGAUAACUGGCUCACUGCUGCCCACAAUCUGCUCCUCUCCAAGGUGGGCUUCUCUACUCAAGAAAUGUUCUCUUGGACUGUCUAUCAUCUUCCAACUGAAGAUCCCAAAGCACAUGGCCCAUUUUAUGCCUCCCAACACUCAGAAUGUAUAUAGAAUUAGCACAUCAUCACACAAAUGAUCCAUGGCGGGUUCAGUCCAGGAAGGAAUCAAAUUUAAAAGGAAACUGCAUGUGCGCAAUUUGAGAUUUUUAAAUGGGAGCUUCUGCUAGAAGGCUUAUAGAAAAAUCCUGGCACAUAUUGAGGAUGAAGUCCAAGAUCAGGAUGAAAUCCAAGAUCAGGAUGAUGUAGGUGGAAAACAGAUUACUAAUAGGACAUUUAUUUCUCUUUCCCAAAUUAUUGCCUUGUCAGAAGAAAAUCUGGAAGGAGUUGAAAAGAAGAUGGAAGAAUUUCUGAAUCUUACACAAAUAAAGACAUCUUUGAAAGAAGCUAUUUUACUAGAUUAUUAUACUGCAGGAUUUUGGUGGGCUAGAGAAAUGAACUUCAGUCUUAUGCAACUCUCAGGAUUCAUGGAUCUAUUAAAUUUCACCUUGGAGAACCUCAGCAGCAAACAUAUGACCUUGGGAGAUAAUUUAAAAGAACUUGAAAGAGCAUUGGCUGGAAUAGGAGAAACUGAGUCAGCAGAAAGAGGUGACCUGAAUUUAUUCAGCAUUGAGCAAGCCAAAGCAAUCAUUGAUUACUUGGUUGCCAGUGUAUUUAAAAACUAUAAAGCGUAUGAAUACCUCUUCCAUAGUCGUGGAGAAGAACCUGUGAUAAGUAAUGAGAAUGAGAUUGAACUUGACCAACCUGCAGUUUCCCCCUCAGCUUCAGCGACAGAAUCUCAGGGGUCUGACAAGGGGGAUUACCUGCAAGAGUCCUGUCCAGAGGGAGCAUCUUCUGAGGUGGAUGCUGUAGUUGGAGUUGCUGCUGAAGAUGAGAAGUCUGCAGUGUGUGAAAUCCCAAAUGAAAUUAUUGGCAACCUUGAGGGGCUGCUCCUGGUGGGCGUAGCGCUGAGCAUGCAGCCAGAAGGGUCAUUCCCAUGUUCUCAGCAGGAAGUGGUCCCACAGCUAAGAACAACACCCAGUAGCUGUGCCUGGGCACCAAGAGCCUGGGUGUGUUCUGAAGAGUGGAUGUGCAGUGUGGGCAUGGAGCACCUGCAAACCAAUGGUUCACUGUUUGAAGGGUUCACUGUUUGAAGGGGACAGAGCAUUUUCUCAUGAACUGAGAAAAAUUCUUCCCCUGGUGCAUGAUAAGGAGAAGUAAGGUCUGUAAUGAUUCACUUUCAAGGUCUCUUGAUUGUUGUUUCCAGUGCUAGCCAGAGAAUUAGUGAGAGCUUCCUUUCAGCUAUUAAAAGCUGACUGUUCUGCUUUGAACACUGAAGGAAUUAGUGAAGCAUUAUUAGUUUUAACUUUAAAAAAAUAUUUUGAUUCCUGGUUAUGUCCUUUCUUAGUUUAUUCCUAUGAAAUGUGACUUUUUUGUUAACAAAACUUUCUGAAGUCAAAAUGUCCUUUAUUUUGAUACAUAAAUCCAUCUCUCAAGACAUAAUGCUAAUGUCACUGUUUCCCUAGUUUUGAACUCAAAGGUGAGAACAGAACUUUUGAAGAGAGCUAUCCAUAUAACAAAGAGUAUUUUAAAUACUUUUCAGUGUAAAUGUGUUAUUGGCAAUUUAGCAUUGUUUAGCACUUCAAACCUAAAUCUGAGGGCUGCAACAUCCCUGCUGUAGUGCUAAACAGAAAGGGACUAACUGUGGUUUAUAUUAAGACCAAUGCUAAACAAAGACUUUUGCCCAUAGCUCUUUCUCUCCCAGAUUUUGUAGAACCUCUUGGAAAUUUUAAAGUGCUUUGAAGAUAAGAAAUAGUAUAAGAACCUCAAAUUUUACUGUGAUGAUUUGUUAGCAGUCAGUCUUAGAACAUAUGCAUAACAGCUGAGAUAGUACAGAAAUCUAGUGAGUGAAGUCCAAACCCCACAAACCAUAUUUGUAACCAACUUUCUGCUGAACUAAAUAAUGCACCCAUUAAAGAGUAGACCUUGGGAUUUUUGGGGAGUGGGAAGGAGGAUGGUUAGGAGACUGAGGGAGGGAAGACGAGUAAAAGGUAGACAUAGCAUCUCUGUAAGCAGAGUGUGAGUUCUGACACAGCAUAUGAACAUCGAAUUGAAGAAUUCUUUAAUGUCUUCAGAAUGUUAAUAUGAAAUGCAAAACAUCAUACUUUGGAUAGAUGGGUAGGAACAAAAUGUUCAGAUGCAAUAUGGUGCAUUAGGAACAGCCUCCAUUCUGUAUUCCUGGCUUUCCCAUUGGUUUAAAUCAGGCUUGCUGUUUCUCCAGUCUCUCAUGUCAUGUGGAGUUACUGCUGUAGUCAUCUCUAAAAAUAAUUAUGCUGUCAUUCCUGGGACCUACACUUGAGGCUUUGAUAUUACUAUCUUUGAGGUUUUUUGGGUUUUUUGCCACAUUGUUGAUCUAGCACAGUUCUUUACAAUGCAUAUACAUAGCAUAGUUCCUAACAGUUUCCCACCCUACAGAGCUCUCGAUUUAAAGCAGAUAGAUCUUGUAGAAAUGAAGGGAAGAUGUUUUGUGUUCUACCUUGUCUUCCAGAGAAGUGGUGGGCUUCCAGGGGCAGAGGACAGAUGAAACAGUAUAGUUUCUCCUGUAUAAGGUAUAAUAGUGAUGCUUUUUAUCAUCUUCAUGGCAAAAUCUUUGUCUUUACUAGAAUUUAAUAAUGAGACAGUGAACAACUAGUAAUUAUCCUCUGGUAAAAGAAAAGCUCUAUUUUCAGACAGCGCUUUUUUGCAUUACACUGACAGUGUGAUGGAAGUUUAGAUGGAAAGCAGCUUUUCUAGGAAGAAGCUGGCUUGAAAAUUAUGGGAAAGGAGACAAAAAAAGAAGACAGUUUUUUACCUGUUUUACAGUAUUUUGUCAUGAUCUUUUUUUCUCAAGCCUUUCUUCUCUUCUUUUGCACCAAAUUUUGAUUUGAAUUUGAAAAUAUCCACACUGCUUCUUUCCUAAAAUUGUAACUGCCAUUCGUAGAAAAAUUGUUUUCCCAGAAAAGCCACUGUGAGUAGGCUUCAAAUAUAGCUUUUCACAAGUGUGAAUAAGACAUUUUCUUAAAUAACCUACACUGCCAACCUGACCACAAAACAUGGAGAAAGUUGGCUCUGUCCUGUUUCAAUCAGGCUCUUCAGCACAUGAUCCAGCUGACCACUCAAACAUAUUCAUCCAGAUGGGUGUGUUGUACUUACCUGAAAAGCCUCUGGAGCACAGGUUUGGCCUUGGGUUGACCCAGAAGGAUGUCAAAGAGAACCACAAAAUUCUGCCAGCUGGCACUCUAGGGACGGCUUUGUGUUCAAGGUGAAAUCCCCUCUGCUUCUCCCCUACCCUUCACAAGGAAGAGACAGCAGUGAAAAAACACUGUGCUGCUUGCCACAAGCAGCUCCAAACUUAAUGUUUGGAAUGAGCAUUUCAGCCCAUUUUGUUGUGGCAUUUUGAGUGUGCAAAGCAAGCUUCAGGCUCUAGCAGUUCUGGAUUCAGAUCACAUGUACCAAAUGGAAAAAAAAAAUAAAAAUAAUCAAAGGAUAGCUGCAGUGACUCAUGUAAUUGCGAGUCCCAUUCAGAUGGAGAGCCUUAAACAGGAUGUGGAACUACUAAUGCUGAAGAAAGAACGGAAUGUAAAAUAUUUCCAGAGUAGAAACAACCUGACAUUUUACAUAGUAGACUGCUUUAAACACAGUAGUGCUACUUUAAAGCCUGUGCUCUUGUUGACUCAACAGAGCAUGCACUAAACAGAAGGUUUGUUCAUGCAGAAUUCCUCACUCACAGAGUUGCCUAGGCCUGCUGGGAGUUGUGUUUAUUUUGAAUGUGUUUUUGAAUGUUUCUGACUCAAAGAACAGAAAAGGAAAAGGUGAGUUUCUACAAGCAUCCCAGCCAGGUAGGGUAGGGGGAACAAGAGGGGAGAUCUGUGUCCUUGACAUCAGGAGGCUCUGAGGAAGAAAGGUCAAAAAAAGUUUUUCUCCUAAAUAAGCAGUGUGUUCCUGGAGAAAGGCUGGUGGAGCUAUUAUCACUUCAGGAUGCUGAUUUGCAUGGUCAUUUGUGAUGGGAGCCUCUGGAGGUUCCUUUCAGCACCUUUUAAGGUGA